AUGUUUAAAUCUAUAUUUUGUUAUGUUUUGACCCAAAAAAGAGUUACCAAUUAUUACAAGAUGCAACGCUGGUUUUUUUUAGAAGACCCGAAAAAACCAAAAUAUAAACGACCAAAAAAAAUGGCUGAGAAACCACCUGAGCAUGAAGGUAAAAUAAUGACUCAAAUAUGGACUUUCACGGUGAAAGCGCCAGAUGUCGGCCCCAAAGAAAAAAUGUUCAUCACGGGAAGUAUUCCAGCGCUCGGUGAGUGGGACAACAACAAGGUUGUGUUACUUGACCGCGAAGAAGGUACGGAUUUGUGGUGUAAAUCUAUUACAAUUCCAAACACCUGUGAUAUAUUGUAUCGUUAUGGUAAAUGUAUUGUUAAUGAAGCCAACUCUAAUGCAAUAAUAAUUCGUCAAUGGGAAACACAUCAGCAGCCACGCAUUAUAAAAGAAACAGAUCUUCAUCCUUUUACGGACACAUAUGGCUAUUGCGACGAUAAGCAUAUGGUAUAUUCUGGUUGGCUCACAGUGUCAACAUUGCUACAGUUCAAGUUUAUGAAUAACCCAUUGAAACUGCAGAGUUGUUUAGCCAAAAGAUUAUUGCGUAUAAAAAUUACGCCUGUUAAAUUAUCAUUUGGUGCAGAUGCACAGGUUGAUGAUUCAUCCCUUAGCACUGAUGCUAGUGCUGGUCCUGAGUGUGGGGUACUGGUUGAUGUGUCCACACUCCAUGAUGACCCAGCAAUCUGUGUUAUGAAGCCACAGGAACAAUUUGGCAGAGACUACAAGCAAGAUGAUGUGUUACUAAUAAAUGUCACAGCUCCUAAUAUAAAUGCUCUUGCAUAUCUUGUGGACUUCUAUGCCUACAGUAGCAGAGCUGCAUCAGAAGACCCACCAUGCCAUGUGGGUUACACAUAUGUUCUUCCAAAUAUGUUUAAGUCCUCAGAGGGUGCUCUAGAUUUACCUGUGACUUGUAAUGUCAAACAUAGGCCUUUGGGAACAGUAAAUAUUGGGUACCUAAUUGUGAACCCUAUGCCUGAGCAACUCUGCGACCUCAGCAUGUCUUUAGGAAAAUUUUGGGAUCCCACUUGGACUGGUUUAGAAGUUGGACAUAGGGGAUUAGGUGCUAGCUUUAAAACCAAAGAUGGGGAUGCUAUUCGUGAAAAUACCAUAGCAUCUCUUAAAAAGGCAGCUGCCAGUGGGGCUGACUUACUAGAAUUUGAUGUUCAGCUAAGUAAGGAUAUGGUGCCAGUUAUUUAUCAUGAUUUUUAUGUAUGUAUAUCAAUGAAAAGAAAGAGAGAAGUUGAACAUACAGAAAUGUUGGAAGUACCUGUGAAGGAUUUGACCUUAGAGCAUCUACAAAAAUUAAAGGUUUAUCACCUACUUGAAGGACGUAAUCAAGAAACAUUAUUUUUCGAUGACGAAUUAGAAGAACACCAACCUUUUCCUACUUUAGAAGAAACUUUGAAAAAAAUUGAUCCACAUGUUGGUUUCAAUGUGGAGUUGAAGUGGACCAUGGAAUUGAAUGAUGGCACAUUUGAAUUGAACAACCCAUUCGAUAUGAAUACGUACGUAGACAAGGUUUUAGAAACUGUCCUUAAACACGCCGGUGAUCGCCGCAUUAUAUUUUCUUGUUUCAAUCCAGACAUUUGCACGAUGGUCAGGCAAAAGCAGAAUAAAUAUCCUGUGAUGUUCUUAACUAUUGGUAUAACAAAAAGAUACCAGCCAUACCGCGAUGCUAGAUGUUCCAGCAUACCACUUGCCGUACAGAGCGCAGUCAGUACGGAAAUAUUGGGGGUCGUUGUACACACUGAAGAUUUGCUCAGAGAUCCGACUCAGGUGAAACUAGCAACAGACGCUGGUUUGAUUAUAUUCUGUUGGGGUGACGACAUAGUCAAUAAAGGUGUCGUGAAGAAACUCAAAGACAUGGGACUCCAUGCUGUCAUAUACGACAAGUUGGACCAGUACACCACUAAAGAUGUGAAGGAGAGCAUAUUCCUGAUGGAAGCGCGAGAGUCGCAGCGAGAACUCAUGCACCAAGCUGCUCUUGAUGAUGAGGCUUCUACCAAACCUUCUAGCUCGGAACAUGAGAACUAUGCCGUGAACCUUGAAGAUCGACCAUUCUUCAACCUUAGCGCUCGUGAAACUAUUGACGACCGGUCCACUGUCACAUCGCUAGAAUCAAUCGUUUGUGAUGACGCCAGAGCAGAACAUGACAAAGACAUUAUAGAGCCCAUCAAUAAAGAAGACCAAGUCAAAGAUCGAGAUAACCUUAUGAAACCGUAUCCGUAUCCCUGCGAUACUUCUAAACUUCUGCCAAAAAAGAAGAAACGUAGAAAUUAA